UCGCGUUCAGUUACCUAGAAGACUUCAACCAACAAAAAGCAAUGGCUCGUACCAAGCAGACUGCUCGUAAAUCAACUGGAGGAAAGGCUCCUCGCAAGCAGCUGGCGACAAAGGCUGCUCGUAAAAGUGCUCCGGCUACUGGUGGAGUGAAGAAGCCUCAUCGUUAUCGUCCGGGAACAGUCGCUCUUCGUGAGAUCCGUCGUUACCAGAAGUCGACUGAGCUGUUGAUCCGCAAGCUCCCAUUCCAGCGCCUGGUUCGUGAAAUCGCUCAAGAUUUCAAGACCGACCUGCGUUUCCAGAGUUCAGCUGUAAUGGCCUUGCAGGAAGCCAGUGAAGCCUAUCUGGUUGGCCUGUUCGAAGACACCAAUCUGUGCGCUAUCCACGCCAAGCGAGUCACCAUCAUGCCAAAAGACAUUCAACUGGCUCGUCGUAUCCGUGGCGAACGUGCUUUUGCUGCUGCGGCUCCUGCUGCCGCGUCUCCGGCCAAGGCUCCGAAGAAGGCCAAGGCUGCCAAAAGUGGCCCUGCUAAACCGAAAAAGCCAUCGACCCAUCCACCAGUGAAUGAUAUGGUUCUAGCUGCCAUCAAGACCCUGAAAGAACGCAACGGUUCAUCGCUGCAGGCCAUCAAGAAAUACAUCGCCGCCAACUACAAGUGUGACGUCGCCAAGUUGGCUCCGUUCAUCAAGAAGGCUCUGAAAUCGGGCGUCGAGAAGGGAAAGCUUUCCCAGACUAAGGGAACUGGCGCUUCCGGAUCGUUCAAGGUUAAGGCCGACGCUAAGAAACCGGCUGGCGAGAAAAAGCCAAAGAAGGCUGCUGCCGCCAAGAAGCCAAAGAAGGCUGCUGGAGAGAAAAAGGCGGCUGCCAAGAAACCAGCUGGCGAGAAGAAGGCUAAGAAACCGAAAGCUGCUGCCGCUAAGAAAUCUGUUGUGAAGAAAGCGAAGGCAGCCCCUGCAAAGGCCGCCAAGAAGGCAGCUGCUCCCAAACAGAAAGCCACCAAGCCAUCGAAGGCCGCAGCCAACAAGCCGAAGACCCCGAAACCAAAGAAGGCCGCACCAGCCAAGAAAGCUGCACCAAAGAAAGCCGCCGCCAAGAAUGCGUCCCUGUCGCUUCAAAGCGUAGACGACAUCCAUUGCGGUGACGGUCUUGCGCUUGGCGUGUUCAGUGUAGGUGACGGCAUCUCGGAUCACAUUUUCCAGGAACACCUUCAGCACUCCUCGUGUCUCCUCGUAGAUCAGACCGGAGAUACGUUUUACACCACCCCGACGAGCCAAACGGCGAAUGGCGGGCUUGGUGAUUCCCUGGAUUGUUUCAUUCUGUGUUUUAUCUUCAUCGCGUUCAGUUACCUAGAAGACUUCAACCAACAAAAAGCAAUGGCUCGUACCAAGCAGACUGCUCGUAAAUCAACUGGAGGAAAGGCUCCUCGCAAGCAGCUGGCGACAAAGGCUGCUCGUAAAAGUGCUCCGGCUACUGGUGGAGUGAAGAAGCCUCAUCGUUAUCGUCCGGGAACAGUCGCUCUUCGUGAGAUCCGUCGUUACCAGAAGUCGACUGAGCUGUUGAUCCGCAAGCUCCCAUUCCAGCGCCUGGUUCGUGAAAUCGCUCAAGAUUUCAAGACCGACCUGCGUUUCCAGAGUUCAGCUGUUAUGGCCUUGCAGGAAGCCAGUGAAGCUUAUCUGGUUGGCUUAUUCGAAGACACUAAUUUGUGUGCAAUUCACGCCAAGCGAGUCACUAUCAUGCCAAAAGACAUUCAGCUGGCUCGUCGUAUCCGUGGUGAACGUGCUUAAGGUUAUCAGCUUUCAUUGGAUCUCAUUAUCAAUAAUACCA